CCUGAAAGGAAGAUUGGCAUUCUCCAUUGGUGUUGUUUCUUUUCUGUGUUGUUUCGAUCGUAUUAGCUGUGUGUUUUGUGCAUGUUUUGAAGUGACCAUUAGGCAAUUUGUUCUACUUUGUCUGGCUGCGUUCUUCCCACUGAUCGCAUUAUUGGUGGUUCGGGGCUCUCCGCAUUUUUGGCACUUCGAUCAACAACUUCCUCGCCAUCAGGCAACAUCGUUCAGCCACAAGGUGGAGCAGGGAGCAGCGAGCGGAGAGCAGCACGGUGUCGAUCGCGUCUGCCUUAGGUGUCGUCGGUGAGGACGAUUGGUUGAUGAAAACAACUCCCUUUCCCCUCCCGAUCGGACGGCGACGACGACGACGACGACAAAACAUUAACCAUGAACGGCGCAAUGGUGGUUUGCGUCGCGUGUGCCCAGCCGACCUCGGCGAUCAUCUAGAGAAUUCAGGUUUGAGAUAGCGCGAGACCGGCCCGGACCGUCCCUCCAUCCCCUGGUUACCCUGUGCGUCGGUUGUUGGAUGCUGUGGAUGUGCCUGCGAAACGCGCGUUACAGGCGAUCAAAAUAGACGAGUGGGCAAGGGAGUGGAAGGAAGUUAUGAGGAUAGAAAUAGCGGGCGGACUGGCGGACGGAACAAGGGCGAGCGACGAAAGCAUGCAGCAGUAGCGCGCUAUACCCAAUCGGAGCGAUAUUAAAAACCGCAUAAAAUAACAGCGGCCACACAAACACAUAUACGCACGCACGCCCACACGAGUGUAAGCAUACAUACAAGCGCCACGGUACGCAACCGUUCCGGGUCGCACUUUAACGACUUCAAGAUGCGUGGAUUGCUGCAUGUUAUAUUUUGCUGGUCAUUGCUGAUGAUCAUCCAAGGAUCGUUUAGCCGGGCACGAAUCGCGGAACCCCAGAUACGGUGCGUGUCCUACCAGUGCAAAGAUGGCGAGUGCAAGGAAGGAAUUGACAUCUGCGAAGAGUCGGAGCACGAUCGACCAUCCGGUUGUUUCGCCGUCUGGACGACGAACAAUUUGACCAACGAAAUGAAUGUGACGAUGAAGGGUUGCUUCAUCAGCACGACCGAGUGUAACAACACAGAAUGCAUCGAUACGACCACGGAUAUGAAGAAAAAUCUCAACUACUGUUGUUGCCGGGGAAGCAUGUGUAACAAGGAGCAACGAUGGGUGCCGGUCGCAACCAAAGCACCGAAGGUGAUACACUCUCCAGAAAAGGAAUCGAAGAUGCCGCUGAUCAUAUUGAUCGCCUUCGUUUCGAUGCUGAUCGGACUGUUCCUACUGACCUUUUGCUACGUGAAGCAUCAGAAGGAUCCCAUGUUCAACGAAAUACCGACCGUUGAACCGGACAUUUCGAAUUCUUCGACCAACGUUUCCCUGCGACCGAUCGAUCUGAAGGACAUCAAGGCGCGCGGGCGCUUCGGGGUAGUUUGGCGGGCUCAGCUUCACAACCAGGAGGUGGCUGUAAAGAUAUUUCCAAUGCAGGAACGCCAAUCAUGGAUUACUGAGCAGGAUAUUUUCAAGCUGCCGCGUAUGAACCAUCCCAACAUACUGGAGUUCAUCGGGUGCGAAAAGCGAACCGACGUGGCCAGCACCGACUUCUGGUUGAUCACCGCAUAUUGUGAGAAUGGUUCGUUGUGCGACUUCCUUAAAUCGCAUACGGUUAGCUGGGGCGAGCUAUGCAAGAUCGCCAGCACGAUGGCCCGUGGUCUUACACACCUGCACGAGGAGGUACAGGGGACGCGCACCGAAGGCCUCAAACCAUCGAUCGCACAUCGAGACUUCAAGAGCAAAAACGUGCUGCUGAAGGCGGAUCUAACUGCUUGCAUUGCCGAUUUUGGGCUUGCGCUUGUGUUCACGCCCGGUAAAUCGUGCGGUGAUACUCACGGUCAGGUCGGCACGCGGCGCUACAUGGCACCGGAGGUGCUGGAGGGUGCGAUCAAUUUUACUCGCGACGCCUUCCUUCGCAUUGAUGUGUAUGCAUGUGGGCUGGUCCUCUGGGAGUUGGUGUCCCGGUGCACCGUACACGGGGGCCCGGUCGAUGAGUACCGGCUGCCUUUCGAAAGCGAGCUCGGUCCGCACCCGACGCUCGAGGAGAUGCAGGAGAACGUCGUAAUGAAGAAGCUGCGCCCACGAAUAUACGAGUCUUGGCGUAAUCACACGGGAUUACAUGCAAUCUGUGAAACGAUGGAGGACUGCUGGGAUCACGAUGCGGAAGCAAGACUUUCGUCGUCCUGCGUGCUCGAGCGUUUGUCACAGUACACGCGCUUUCCCACAGCAAGACAGUUCUUCGUCGCCAACACCACCAACACCACCAACGCUACCAACACUACCACCGCCACCGCAAGUACACCGGGCGGUGGUGCACCCACCAACAAUAACGAGCUGCCGUCAAAGAUCGCUACAGAAAGUGUGUAACCGCAGUGUUGCGUCGUCUAAGCUAGGAUAGACUAGAUUACGGUUCGCUAAAGAAAGCAAGAUACCGUUUUACACAACCUUCACGCAGGCCUCGUUGUGCAUUCGUGCUCUGCAAGGUCCGUAGACAGUUUCACCUGAGCUCAUCCAUCCGAUUUUCUUCAUUACUUUCGCUAAGUUAGGCAUCUUGUAAGAUUUUGUUUAAUUUUUUAUCUUUACACAUUAAUUGGUGAACUAUUGAGCCUCUGAUUAUUCUAGCUCUAGCUGCGUGUAUACGACAUAACACGCCCAUUAACAUAGUGUACGUGUAUGUGUGUGUACAGUCACGACAACAUUUGGAAUUUAUAAGGCUUAUGACAUAUUGAAUCCUGGUAGGUUCUUGGCGCGCGAAUGUUCGCCACUACGCUAGAACUCUCCCAAAGGCAACGAAACUAGCGGUAAAAUGUUCCGGUACCUUACCGCAUCUCUUUGAAUUUGUUUAAUGUUUUAAUCAUUUUCUCAGCGAACCGCCAUAAUCGAUGACUUUGUGUAGUGGAAGGUAGAGUGAAAAGUGGAGGGGGCUGCUUUUUUUACUUCAAGUACGAUUGAGCAGCACCCCAUGUGUCCAUUUUGGGUUGAAUACCUCGUGUAGAUCAGAUUUUUAAGUUCUAGAUUUACCAGAACGAACGGGAUAGACUUUGCUCAGACUUGCCAGCAUAUGAAAAUCGAAAAGAGACGAGAUGAAAAACGUAGGUAGCUGAAGAUUUUAGUUUUUAUUAAAUGAAUCAAAGGGUAGAUGAGUUAGUGUUUAGUAUAUCAUGUUGGCUUGUUUCCUGUGCGUAUUUCGAUCAGCUGGGUUUGUGUCCCUGAUGUUAAUUUAGUUUGUGCCGGCGCAGGCUUCGUGAAGCUUUGUGUAGGCUAGGCGCAAUCAGUCUCUCCCGUUCGAUUUCUAACGGUCACACUUGCUACGGUCCGCCGAAUAGAGCGUUCCGAAAGUGAAAUGUAAGAACACGGUCGCUAUAAUAUUUUAUAUUAGUACAGAGCUACAGAAUCCUGUUGGAGAAAAGGGGAGGGGUAGGUGUGAAAGAUAAGGUGCAUUCUAGGUGUUAGUCAACAAGAGUUGCCGACACGAGACAAGACCGCCUUCCCUCCCUUUCAUCGGAUAAUGUAGAUAGACGUGAUGAUGGUUGGCAGGGCGCCAAGUGCAACAAAGCAAGUAUUUCUGCUCCCUCGGCACACAUCCCUGGGAGCUAUAUUGUUAUAGGAAGAAGAGAAAAACAGACACACAAGAAACAAAUAAUGAAAAGGAGAGGUGGAAUGCGAAAAUAAAGGGGAUUCGUUUUUGUAAAUUCAAUGCUUUUCAAAAUAUUACGCGCACGAAUGUCAUUUUGGAGGUGCAAAACAGUCAAAACCCCCGUUAUGUUACUCUUUUCACUUACUUUCUAAUACCCAUCCAUAUUUUACUUUGUGGAAUAAACCAUCUCUAAUGAGUAUGAUUCACGAUUUA